AACCUCCUCUCUCGGCUCUCCCCAUCGCGCACCUUUGUCAGUUUCUCGCCGCCGCCGCCGAUUCGCCUUCUGCUCCUCCGGACCCCACCGCCGCGGGAGCUUCCGAAGCUCUGCCGCAGCCAUUGGAGCCGCCCCCCUGCCCCACCUCCAUGCGCGCGUCCUGGUAGAUCCCCGACCCCCCACGCCGUCGCGCGAGUCCCCGGCGCAAAGGCUAGCGGGCGGCACCCGAUGGCGUCCGUGGCGGAGCUCAAGGAGAAGCACGCCGCGGCGACGGCGUCGGUCAACUCCCUGCGCGAGCGCCUCCGCCAGCGCCGGGAGAUGCUCCUCGACACCGACGUGGCGAGGUACUCCAAGGCGCAGGGGAGGGCGCCGGUGAGCUUCAAUCCGACGGAUCUGGUCUGCUGCCGCACGCUGCAGGGCCACAGCGGAAAGGUAUAUUCUCUGGAUUGGACUCCUGAAAAGAAUUGGAUAGUCAGUGCCUCACAAGAUGGAAGGCUAAUUGUAUGGAAUGCAUUAACAAGCCAGAAAACACAUGCCAUAAAGCUGCAUUGCCCAUGGGUGAUGACGUGUGCUUUUGCACCCAAUGGCCAGUCGGUUGCCUGUGGUGGUCUAGAUAGUGCAUGCUCUAUUUUCAAUCUUAACUCGCAAGCAGACAGAGAUGGGAACAUGCCUGUAUCUAGAAUUCUUACUGGACACAAGGGCUAUGUUUCGUCAUGCCAAUAUGUCCCAGAUCAGGAAACUCGCCUUAUUACAAGCUCAGGCGAUCAGACAUGUGUUCUGUGGGAUGUUACUACUGGCCAGAGGAUAUCAAUAUUUGGAGGUGAAUUUCCAUCAGGGCAUACAGCUGAUGUUCAAAGUGUAUCCAUCAACUCAUCAAAUACGAAUAUGUUUGUCUCUGGCUCAUGUGAUGCAACUGUGAGGCUGUGGGAUAUAAGAAUUGCAAGUCGGGCUGUUCGAACCUAUCAUGGACAUGAGGCUGAUGUUAACAGUGUGAAGUUUUUCCCUGAUGGCCAUAGGUUUGGUACUGGCUCAGAUGAUGGCACAUGUAGAUUAUUUGACAUGAGAACAGGGCAUCAACUUCAGGUGUACAGUAGGGAGCCUGCUAGGAAUGAUAAUGAACUACCUACUGUUACAUCUAUCGCAUUUUCGAUAUCAGGAAGGCUACUUUUUGCUGGGUACUCCAAUGGUGACUGUUAUGUGUGGGACACACUUCUUGCCGAGGUGGUACUUAAUUUGGGAAACCUCCAGAACUCCCAUGAUGGUCGGAUAAGUUGCCUUGGAAUGUCAUCUGAUGGGAGUGCAUUGUGUACAGGAAGUUGGGACAAAAAUUUGAAGAUUUGGGCCUUCAGUGGACACCGGAAAAUAGUUUGAAGCCACAUUUCUUCGCCAUGUUGUAUGUUUGUUAUUGCGCCUUAAGAAUGGUGAUUGCUGAUCACAACUCGACUUGUUCCUGGGCAUCGAUUUGUUGUUUUUGUAGUAUAGAAUCUUGUGUACCAUGCCCAACGUUCAAUGGAGUGAAAAAGAGCAAUUUCUCGGCAAGACAUCAUGUGUUGUAUCUUGUUGAGUUAGUGUCUGUUGAUACUGUUAUUACCAGAAUAUCAGCAACUUGUGAUCUACCCUUUCUUUGUACAACCUUUCUUCUUUUCGAGUUAGAGAAGUAGCAUGUAUAUUCCGAAACCAAGCUUUCAGUUUAUCUUUUGCCAAAUUAGGAACAUUAGCUUCCUGUGACGUAUGCAUUAUUUCCACGUUUAGGAAUGUUGUAUUCUUACCUGGUACUAGUUAUUUGUGUGUUUGGUUGAGUCA